AAUCCUUUCUAUUCUGGCAGCCGACAAACACCUGCAGUAAAAGAACCCCACUUUCAGCAGAACCGCGUUCCGCAAAUGAGCUGAGCCGCUCAAAAACCGCAAACAAAACGAUCCGCUGGAAACACCAACAUGUCACUCCGCGUCUUUCGACUCGAAUGGAGAGAAGAAUCAUCCCUGGGUAAUGGAUCGGGCGCGCAGAAACUGCUUUCGGAAGCUCACACACAAAAAUAGGAUAGGGUGCCCUCCCCUCCUCCGGCCUCCUUUGUCGAGCCGCCCGUGCUCGCGACGGGAGGGCGUUUCUGGACUGCGUCCCCCCUCUCCUCGCUCAUCCCUCUCACACGAGCCAAUGCACGUGCGAGAUGGGACCGCGGGCUUCCAGUGAUUGGUAGUCAGGGGCUGACCGCUACUCUUCUUCCCCUCGCCACUGCGUCAGGUGGUUCGUUUCUUUUGAGAGGAAGAGCAACAGGCCGCAUCGUUUUCGUCCGGAUUCGGAAUGUUGACAGUUCCACGGUAGUCCGAAGUCUCGACGUUUUGAAGGCGAUCACCGUCUCUUGCUGUUUUGGAUUACUUACAACUGUAUCUCAGGCAUGACAAUGCCGUCGCCAAAUGGUGUUGGAUUCAAUGGCUGCUGUAUUGAUAAUCGCAAGGCCUCGAAACCUCUGAUCGAGAAAAGGCGGCGAGCUCGCAUCAACCGCAGCCUGGGCGAGCUGAGAGCCAUCGUCGUGCCAACGCCGGACAAGAACCUGCAGAUGCCGAAUGCUAGGCCACCAAAGCUGGAGAAAGCUGACAUAUUGGAAAUGACUGUCGAAUACGUCAAGAAGAUGAAUGAGAGAGAGAAGCUUCGCCCGGAAAACGAUGUCAAUGGCUUCAAUGCAGGGUAUAAAGAGUGCCUGAAAGAAGUGUGUCGAUUCUUGGAAUGCGAGAGCCAAGAGCUGAAAUCCCGACUCGUGUACCAUCUCAACAACCCUCGCAGCAGCCCCACCGGCUUCACGGAGCUGGUGAGUGCCAACAUGGACGAUACAUCUUCCUCGUGCUCGAGCAACAGCAGGAGCCAAACUCCCGCAUCGAUCGUGGUGGAACCCUGCCAAAUGGAAUACUCUUCAAGCAGCCCUUUCACGGACAAUGAGCAGGACGUCUCUUCUAAUUCGCAACCCGUCUCUUCGAAACCGUUUUCAGUCCACAACCCCGUGCCUGCGGCUGCAAACAACAAUGUAUGUGCCAAACCUGUGAUGUGCCAAUCUCUGCAAAAUCUUCAGGGGCCACUAGAUUUAGCGACAAACUCGAAUCUCCGGAGGAGCGAAGAAUCUACGAGGCAAUAUCCGAGGCCCUCUGUGAAUAACAUCUACAGUAAUCAUGUGUCUGAAAAUGUUUGGAGGCCUUGGCAUGAUGGCCGCUAGAAGCACGUGUUUGAUGCACUUGUGGAAUGCGUGCCCGUUAGCUGAGACAAUCUUUCUCAGUUGCGGAGUGGAAACGUAUUUUCAAAGCAGUAUUAUGCCUGAAAACUGACGAACACACACAAAAAUGGUCAUUUGUAGAAGAAUCUUUUACAUUAUUAGAUUUUAAAAAAAGAAAUCGUGGUUUUCUUUUACCAAAAUCCUGUCGUGUUUUCUUUUCAUAAUGAACUGAUUAUCAGUCCAGUUUUGUUUGAAAAAAUUUAACAAUCACGAAUUAUCCUGUUUCAGCCAAGGAUCCGCAUACAUAUUGCAACAUACCGUCGACACGCCAAUAAGACACCAAAACCGAAAGUCACUGAAAUGGCUGUAGCUGUAAGGCAGACAACUUGUUAAGUGAUUUAUUAUUCUGAAACGAAAAAUCUGUAUUUAUCACUAUGACAAUUUACCUUGUUUCUUCAAUCUUAGAUUGACUCUUUAUAAUGAUCAAUCGAAAAUCAUUCAAACAGAUCAUGAACCUCACGAGCUGGUUUAUCAGGAACGGUUUAUGGAUCUCUUACUUUUUGCGAAGCAAUGUGGAAUUAAAGUGUGAACGACAUUUUACAAUCGCCCGUUAGGAAUGCAAGCAAUAUAGCAUACAUACCACUGAAAGUUGAUAGAUAUGCUGAUCGGAUUUGACUCAGCUGUGAAGAAUUGUCAUUUAGGAAUUCUACUAAUAUGUUAUGUGCUUUUAUUUUAGUCAAUGAAAUAUCAGUUCAAUACAGAAUUUUAACAAAGCAAAAAUUUUGAUGCCAAAGAAUAUAAAAGUGAGUGAAAUGGCUAAUAUGAGGCAAAACUUCAUGAAUUCCUUUUGCUGCAGCUCAUUGCAACUGCUUGCACAUCAACAUUAUCGUUUACUUCUAAGUUGUAGAAACAUUUUUCAAACCUUAAAUGACUUUAUAAAUCUUCCCCUGCAACUUCAUUUUUCUAUUUCUGUUACUGCCGCACUAUUCUGACGUUUAAUCUUUAAGAUUUGUAAAAUGAACAUUAAAGUAAAUUUCAGUUGCGUGUGUUUUGGUCCUUCUGAAAUGGAUCUUAAAUAAAUUAACAAUAUAAUAUAUAUUUUUAAAGUUUCGUUUAUUUGUUGCAUUUUUGUCGAAGUAGCGAAAGUUUUAAUAACUAAUUUUUAGUUAUUUAGUUAUAUUUUAUUAUUAAUUAAUUUUCUUGCAUUUAUCUUUCUCAUUUAUUGGCAACUACGGCAACAAAAGAUUAAGAAAUAUGCAAAGUGUGGAAUAGAAUACGGCUCGACAUCAGAUUCCUGAAACCGUAUUUUAAAAUAAAAUUUUGCUCGAAGUUUUACUGUUGGUAAUAGUAAAAUUUUAUACUAAAUUUCUUUGUCUCGAAAUCUGUGUAAAAUGAAGAAACAAAAAGGAUUUAUUUUCCUUUUCAAUUUUCAAAAUUGUUUUAAAUUUGAAAUAUUUUCUUUCAUAGUUGCAAAUAGUGACUUGUAAAAUUGAUUGGAAUUUUUAUUUCAUUUGUAAUGGUUUUAUUUAAGUGAAUAUUAGUUUUAUAGGCGAAUUCAAGUGACAUUUCUCAGAAAGUUGUGAGAAACUGAUGGGUCUUUGUAAAU